AUGCGCAGUUGGCCGUCGGUCGCGGAGGUGCGGUGCGCCGGCUGUGCUGCUGCUCACUGUUCCGCGACUGCCACCACUCUGGCGCUCGGCGUCGCGCCGCUGUGGUCCGGGGGCGCCGAAGGGCGCCGAACGCGCCCGAGCCGGGGGUGGCGGACGCAGCCGAGCGCCGCUGGGUGGCAGGGGGUGCCGCCGGGUAGGGGAGAGGGGGUGGCGGCGGCGGCGGCGGGCGCCGGACGGGUGGCGGAGGGGAGGGAAGGGGAGGCGCGUCGCGCGCGCGGGGGCGGCGGGGGCGGCGGCGGUGGUGGCGGGGCCGGGGGCGGCGGCGCUCCGGCGCUGCGCUGCCCGGCCGGCAGAAAGCCGGCGACCACGCACGAGAGCGGACCGCCGCGGCGCUGCGCGGCGCAGUCACUGCGAAGCCGGCUGUCCGCUGUGCUGGUAGCGACGCGGCCAGGGGCAGCUCACUGCUGCGGCUCUGGCUCGCGGUUCGCGGACGCGCACGUCGUCCACCGGCCAGACACCGGGCCGACCCCGCGCUGUCCGCCGCCAUAA